GUGUGUGUGUCUCUCUCUCUCUCUCUCUCUCUCUCUCUAUAUAUAUAUAUGCACCUAAAGCUGGUUGGAGAAAUAAAUUGGGCCGUUGCCAACCUGAUAUGUACCAGCCUUGGCUAACACCUGGAGAUUUCAAUUUAAUUUAUUUUUUUCUGUCUCACUGCCUAUAGAAGCUAGAAACACAAUGGUUUUUGGCUCUUAGCUGAGAAAUCAAAUUCUGUCAUUGUCUGGGGGGUAAUUAUUAGAUCAAGAAUCUAAGUCAACCCAUAACAAAUAAUAACAAUAGUAGUAUAUGGAGUCAACUGCCAUCACUCCCAAUGCUGUGUGAGACCUGGAGGUAUGAAGCAGAAAUUAUAAAUGUAAACAUUUCUCAACAUCUCCCAACAGUUAUUUUUGUCUUAUAUAAUAAUAAUUUGCUUGACGUCACUGUCAUCUGAUGGUCUUGUUUAGGAAACAAUAACUCAAACAUGAUUUUCUUUGGACAUAGCCUUAAAAAAAAUAGUUCCCUUUAAAAUUUUUUACUUGAGUUUUCAUUUUCACCUAUCGGGUCCAUUCCCUGAAGAAAUUCCAGGGAAAUGUUACAUUCUCUCUUCUACUGCCAGGCCCUUUUUACAUAUGCAAAGGAGAAACUUUCCCAGCGUGGAUUGAUUGGGGCACAGGGAGAAGAAGGCUUCUGGGUGUAGACCCCAUCGCGUGGGCAACAGCCACUUUCUAGGGUGCUUGCUAGGUUCUGUGGAGGCCACCCUUAGCCCAGUCCUUUCCCAGUUUUCUCCCUUUGAGGGAAGUGAGGGCAGGGGCAAAAAAAAAAAUCAAAAAGCAAGGAGGAGAUUAAGGAAGUCGUUGUCAGAUUCCAGGAGGGCAUUGCCACCCCCAAGUCCUGAACCCCAUCAGCCUGCAUUCAUCAGAGUUUUACAGAUCUUAGAAACGUCCUCCGGAAAUUCAACCAAAUUGUAUAAAUAGUCUUUCUUCAGCCUCCACAGAAUUGAGGAUUUUAAAGCUAAUUCAAGGGUUUUACAAGCCCAACAAAUACAGUUGUAAAAAUGCCAUUGGAAAGAUAUCACGUUUUACAAAAUGAGAUUGAUCCAUGUGCUGUAAAAGUCAACUAUCUCCAAGGCACACCUAUCAAGCAAGGGCAGCCAGGGACACGCUUUUCACCUCCUGUCUGGGAAAGGCCAGGCCUGUAACAACGGCAAAAGCAAUGCAGACGAUUCCUGGAGCCCGGGAGGCAACUGUUCCCGGCACUGGGGCAACGGCAACCGGCAGGCCCCCAGCAGUCCCAGGAAAGGCAGGGGAGAGGGUACACCCUAGGAAAGUGCGGGCUGUGGGGCACCCCAGAAACCAAGCACAUCAAUUACCCCACAGCCUUUGGGACAUCCCAGCUGCCCUCUAUGCCUGGCUCGGCAGGGACCUUGGGAUGCCGUGCCUCCAGAAAGAGGACAGAUAUUCCACAUCUGGAUCUGUCUCAGCUCUGAGCACUUCGGGUGUUGAGAGGACGAGUCCCGAGGGCUGGGUGAGGGGAGCAGGUUCCCCCGUUUUGCUUCGAAGCUCAGUCUCCAGGCCACUCCCCUGUAGGUCCCUUUCUUGUUGAAACCAGUGGUUUCUGGCCUCUGGAUUCCUGGGUUCAAAGGUGGUACGGGGACGCACAGCUUGUGGGGUGCUUUGAGGCCAGGCGGUCGUUGGCCAUUGGAGGGGAGCCCGUCUGGACUCCAAGGAGACGUGUUGUAUGUGGGCGGAUGGGGCUGCCAGGGGAAGACGUUUAGCCGCGAUCUGGUCAGCUCGAGGUGAGCCUUCGGCUCCAGGCGGCAGCGAGGCCCAGGCCCUUGGUGGGAGUGGGAAGGAAAGAGGGAAGGGAUGCACGGAUUCCUAAGACGCAGGAGUGAGGAGCUGGGCGUGAAGGCCUGGUUUCUCAGGCCCCCUUCUUCAGUCCCGGAACCCGCACCCACGGGCGGGGGAGUGCAGAAGGAGGGGCACGCUCAGGGCCCUGCGGGGCGGGCAAGCCGGCCGGGAGCUAAGCCGUCGUGGUCACCGCCCCUCCCGGCGCGGGGCUGUCAGGUUUCCUGUUUGGAAAGAAAAACCAGCAAAAUCCGAAAAGGCAAGAAGGGGAGGAGGAGGGAGCGGGCCUGGCGGGGCCUUUGCGGCGGCCUGGACUCUAAUGCCCCUACCCCGGCCUGAUUCGCACGCCCCUGCCCGGGCCGUGCCCGCCGCUGGCGUUCGGAAAGAGAGCCGGGCCGGCUGGCUGUGCGCGCCCAUUAAUCUGCCGGGCGGGCGGCGGGCGGGCGGGCUGGGGGCUGUUUGUAACUUUGCUGCCUCGGUCGCCGCGGUCCCCGGGGAGCGGGCUCCAGCGCUCGCUCCCAUUGGCCGCCGCCGCGUCAGCUGGUGCGAUUUGCUGCUGUCGCUUUUGGCGUUCGGCCAUCCAGAAACAAACCAGUUCGAUGACUACUAAUAGUUAUAGCCAGAUGUACUAAUACACAACAAAUCACAGUCCUGCAGAGGGGCGCGCAAAUGAGUUCCUAUUUUGUGAAUCCCACUUUCCCCGGGAGCCUGCCCAGCGGCCAGGACUCCUUCUUGGGCCAGCUGCCCCUCUACCCGGCUGGCUAUGACGCGCUGAGGCCCUUCCCGGCCUCGUACGGGGCGUCGAGCCUCCCGGACAAGACGUACACCUCACCUUGUUUCUACCAACAGUCCAACUCGGUCCUGGCCUGCAACCGGGCGUCCUACGAGUACGGGGCCUCGUGUUUCUAUUCUGAUAAGGACCUCAGUGGCGCCUCGCCCUCAGGCAGUGGCAAGCAGAGGGGCCCCGGGGACUACCUGCACUUUUCUCCCGAGCAGCAGUACAAACCCGACAGCAGCAGCGUGCCGGGCAAAGCCCUCCAUGACGAAGGCACCGACCGGAAGUACACGAGCCCUGUUUACCCCUGGAUGCAGCGGAUGAACUCCUGCGCGGGUGCCGUGUAUGGAAGUCACGGGCGCCGAGGCCGCCAGACCUACACGCGCUACCAGACGCUGGAGCUGGAGAAGGAGUUCCACUUCAACCGCUACCUGACGCGGCGCCGCCGCAUUGAGAUCGCCAACGCGCUCUGCCUCACCGAGCGCCAGAUCAAGAUCUGGUUCCAGAACCGCCGCAUGAAGUGGAAAAAGGAAAAUAAACUCAUCAAUUCCACACAGCCCAGCGGGGAGGACGCUGAGGCAAAGGCGGGCGAGUAGACGCCUGGGCAGGGACCAGGCCAGCACCGCAACCUCCCUCGGCUUUGCCCCCUUGCCUUCGCCUGCUCCCCAACUUUUCUCCCCCGCCUGCCCCCAUCCGGGGGGCUUCUGCAGCUUCAGGGGAGCCGGGAGCUUUGCAAACGCCUGAGCAUUUAUUUCUCACACACACACAAAAUCCCACACACAGCCAAUCUCAGCGGUGGAGCGGGGCGCACUGCACACCCGGUCCCGCUCUCCAAGGCUGCCCUAGCCGGCUUCGGAUCCCAGGGCGCGCCCCGAAUUCGUCCCCGGCUCUUGUGCUAGCGCCUUUGCGCGCCCCUGAGCUCGGGACGCGGGGUUGCUGGAGAGGAAAGAACCUGGGCCGAGCCCCUUUUGGUGCCUGGGCGUUUUCGCCUCGGUCCCUCGCCACCAAGUCCCGGAGGGCACCACCAAAUCGACUCCGGCCACUGGAAAGAGGGGGCAUAAAGGCUGGGGCCCCAGCACUUUGGUGGCAUCCCAGGCCACCCCUAGACAGGAAGAAGCGUGAGGAACAAAGGGGGCCCUGAGACAGCCUUGUCUCUCGGCCCGCGCGCGACCGUCCGUGGAAGAGAAGCAGCCUCAGCUGAGCCGACCCAACCUGAGCGCGGGUGGAACUUUACAGCCCCGGGAGAGACUGGGCUCCCGAAGUCUCCAGCUCCGGAUCCCGGAUCCCCGCCUCCGACAGUGCCUGCGCAGCCACCAGAGAGUAGCUUUCAGGACCUAAGGAGGGGGCCCAGGGCCAUGGGAACGGCAAGAGUCCUGGUCUCCAAAUGUGCCAGGGGUGCCUGCGACGCUCAGCCUCCAGCGGGAAGUACCCUCCAUGCCUUUCGGCUACAUUCGUGAUUCACUUUCGUCUUUCAGGACCCAGGAAAAUAACUACGAAGAUCCUAGGCACUAACACGAAAUGCUUCCAUUAGCACCCUCAUUUUACUCCUGGAGAUCUAAGCAAGACCCUAAUAACUCGGCCCACGGAUUCCCAGCCCCCAAACAGCUUCUGUGGCUGCGGGGAGCCUGGGCCCACUCGCUGGGUUCACCGAGAACCCUCCGAAUUGGGGCCCGGCUGGCUCGAGGAAAGGGACCUGGUGGUGAAGAUUCUCCAGGCUGGAUACUUAAAGCAAAUCAAAUAGCGAACUAAUGACACGAAAACCAUAUUUGCACGAAAGAAAAAUCGACUCCGGUUAUAAAAGUGUAUGGAAUUUGACCUCGCCUCGGAGAAACACUACACAAAAGCUAUCUUUAAUAGACGCCUGUCAUUUAAGAGCGGCAGGGACACUGUCCCUCAUGCACUCACAAAAAAAACAGAGCCGUAAUUGUAGCUGCUGCUGCGGGCAGGAUUUAUUUCUCCAAUUGGCUAAAUGGCCUCCCCCCUUCCCCGAAGGUGAUAUCUGUAUUUUCAAAUUUCAGAGCUGCCGGCACGACGGGCAAAACCGACCCCAACCUCAACACAAAAAUAAGAGGGGCUGCACAGCGGGGAAAUAAAGUUGUUGUAAAUAAAAUCCAAGUCACCGUCUCCCCCCAAUCCUCUGCAUCCUCGCCGGGCGCGCGAUCGGCAGCUGACGGCCUCACAAUUGGUACAUCCUAAUGGAACUGCGAGGGAAAUGCAAUAAUUUUGCCAUAAUGGGCUGUAACCUCAAUUCGACCCCGGCCCUUGCAGCCCUCGGUCGGAAGCGGAGCGAUGCGCCCUGCCUCCAGCGGGUGGCGCUCGAGUCCGACUGAACGGCCGCGGCGGGUGGCGGGCACGCGCCUGGGGCGCGCGCGCCACCCCUCUUGCCUCCACCCAACUCCCCCAUUAGUGCACGAGUUUACCUCUAGAGGUCAUCAGGCAGGAUUUACGACUGGACAACAAAAGCACGUGAUUCGAAGUCGUACCCCAUAUUUGGGUGCCUACGUAGGAGGGAACCAAGUACAUGUCCCAGUCAUUUCCAUAAUUCAUCAUAAAUUGUGCAAGGGUGCUAUAGACGCACAAACGACCGCGAGCCACAAAUCAAGCACACAUAUCAAAAAACAAAUGAGCUCUUAUUUUGUAAACUCAUUUUGCGGUCGCUAUCCAAAUGGCCCGGACUACCAGUUGCAUAAUUAUGGAGAUCAUAGU